UGAUGAUCAGGUCAUGUGAUCAUGUCCUCUGGUUUUUAGAGCAGCUCUCAGUCAGACUGUGUCAGUGUUUGUCAAGUGAACAGAGGAACAUGGCUUCAUCCUUUCUCAGCUUCUCGCUCCUCUUCAUCAGCCUCUGCUCAGCAGAUGGAUUUUUGGAAUAUUCAGUGGACCGCUGUGUGUUUAACUCCACUGAUCUGAAGGACAUCGAGUACAUCUGCUCUUUCUAUUUCAACAAAGUGGAGGAUGUGAGGUUCAGCAGCAGUGUUGGAUUGUUUGUUGGAUACACUGAGCCUGGACUGAUGUACGCAAAGAACUGGAACAAAGAUCUUUCAUAUCUGGCUCAGAUGAGAGCUGAGAAGGAGAGGUACUGCGAACACAACAUCGGGAACUGGUACAGCAACAUUCUGACUAAAUCAGCGGCGCCCUACGUCAGGCUGAGCUCCACGGCGCCCUCCGGUGGGAAACACCCCUCCAUGUUGGUCUGCAGCGUCUUCGACUUCUACCCCCAACAGAUCCGAGUGAGCUGGCUCAGAGACGGACAGGAAGUCACCUCUGAUGUCACUUCCACCGAUGAGCUGGCAGACGGGGAUUGGUACUACCAGAUCCACUCUCACCUGGAGUACACGCCCAGCAGGUCUGGAGAGAAGAUCUCCUGUGUGGUGGAGCACGCCAGCCUGAAAGAGCCUCUGGUGACCGACUGGGACCCGUCAAUGCCCGAGUCUGAGAGAAACAAGAUCGCCAUCGGAGCCUCAGGACUGAUCCUGGGUCUGAUCUUAUCUCUGGCUGGAUUCAUCUACUACAAGAGGAAGGCCCGAGGAAGGAUUCUGGUUCCCACUAACUGAGCCUGGACCUGGUCCUGGAUCCUGCAGCUGUUGGUCAGACGGAGGAAAAAGCAGCUGCUGCUUCAACCUGCUUCCUGUGUUUUCAGCUCAGCAGACUGUCGGUGCUGCCACCUGCUGGACUGGCUGAACUCCUGAUUCUCUGCUGGUCUCUGUACUCUGAUGCUCUGCUGGUCUAAACCCUGAUCCAGGACUGUCGGUCCACCGUCCUGUUAAACUGUCUGAGGACUGUUAAAGUCCCUCAGAAACCAUCAGGACCGGUAUUCGCUCUGACAGUCCUGGACCAGGUUUAGUGUGGCCUCUGGAUCUGGACUCUGCUUCCUCUACAUGUGAUCUGAUGCUUUACUGUGUGAAAUCAAUAUUUUUCAGCCACUAACUGACUUAUCAGCUGCUUUGAGAUCAUUUAAUCACUUAUUUUAAUUACCUGGGGUUUCAGUUUGAUCGAUAGAUUUCUGGAGUGAAAUAUUUUAAAUACAAUAAACCAACAGAAAACUCUGACUGUGGUGUCGUUCAAGAUGUUUGUAAUUUUAUAAUGAAUCUGUAGUUUUUAAAAGAAAUAAUAAAAACUUCAUACAGAAAAACGUCUUAAUGUGUGAAGAAAAGAUAAAUCUGUAAUAAAGAUGUUGUUAUUUUACAAGAAUAAAGCCAUAAAAAGAUGUAAGUUGUAAUAUUCCAGGAACUGAUUGUAAUAUUUUGAGAAUAAAGCUGAUUGGACAUUA